AUGGGGGACAUCAAGAUCGAUGGCAAAACCUUCCAGGAGCGCAUGUCGCACUUCGUCGGCGCCUGGAAGGCCGACAAGCGCUCCGGCGACGCGCUCUUCGGCGGCGUCUCGUCCAUCGUUAUCCUGAUGGGCAAGGUCGGGGAGGAGCCCGAAUUCUUCAAGAACAAUGCCAUGCACUUCUGGCUUCUCGGCUACGAGUUCCCCACAACCCUGAUGCUUCUCACUCCCGACACUAUGUACAUCGUCACGACCCAGAAGAAAGCAAAAUACCUCGACCAAAUCAAGAGCGGCCGAUUCCCCGUCGAGGUCCUUGUACGAGGCAAGGAUGCUGCCGAGAACGAGAAGCUCUUCCUCAAGAUCACAGACGCCAUCAAGGCAGCAGGCAAAAAGGUUGGCGUGCUGUCCAAGGACACCUCAAAGGGCCCUUUCAUCGACGAAUGGAAGAAGAUUUUUGCCGACAACUGCAAGGACGUGGAAGAGGUCGACAUUUCCACGGCACUGUCUGUCGCCGCCUUCUCAGUUAAGGAUGAGGCAGAGCUCCGCGCCAUGCGGACGUCGUCGAAAGCCUGCGUGGCCCUCCUUAACCCCUAUUUCCUCGACGAGAUGUCCGACAUCCUCGAUCAAGAGCAGCAAAUCAAGCAUAGUGAGCUUGCCGACAAGGUCUCGAACAAGAUCGACGACGCCAAGUUCUGGAAAUCGGUUGAGCUUCCGAACCGGCAAAAGCUGCCUGCCGAUUUUGAACCCGAUCAGCUUGACUGGAUUCUCGGCCCUGUGGUGCAGAGUGGCGGGAAAUACGACCUCAAGUGGCAGGCAGAUGCGGACAACCAGCCGCUGCACCCAGGCAUCAUCAUUGCCGCCAUGGGCUUGCGAUACAAGUCCUAUUGCUCCCAGAUUGCCCGUACCUUCAUGGUGGAUCCCAACAAGUCGCAGGAGAGCAACUACAGGUUUUUGCUGGCCGUCCACAAUCUGGUCUUGAAGGAGAUCCGGGACGGCGUCGCCGCCAAGGACGUCUAUAACAAGGCGUACGCCCUGGUCAAGUCGAGGAAGCCCGAGCUCGAAAAACAUUUUCUGAAGAACGUCGGCUUCGGCAUCGGUCUCGAGACCAAGGACUCUACACUGAUCCUCAACGGCAAGAGCACGCGAACCCUGCGCGACGGCAUGACGCUCUGCAUCACCACCGGCUUCACCGAUAUCCAGAACCCCGACCCUCAGGACAAGAAUAGCAAGGUCUACUCUCUGGUUCUCACCGACACGAUCCGUGUCCGAGACGUCGAGCCGGUUGUGUUCACCGGCGAUGCGCCCACCGACGCUGAUGCGAUCUCUUUCUUCUUUAAGGAUGACGAGGAAGUUCAACCGUCUCCAAAGAAGGAAAAGCGGGACUCGCGGGUGGGUGCUGUCGCCACCAAGAAUAUCACCAGCACUCGGCUGCGCUCGGAGCGGAACACGGCGCCCGAUGACGAUGCCGAGAAGAAGCGCCGCGAACACCAGAAGGAGCUCGCGGCCAAGAAGCAGAGGGAGGGCUUGGCCAAGUACGCCGAAUCCACGGCCGGUAAGAACGGCGUCGAAGUCAAGAAGUUCAAGCGCUUCGAGUCGUACAAGCGCGACACCCAGUUUCCGCCCAAGGUCCGGGAUAUGGGCAUCGUCAUCGACCAGAAGAACGCAACCAUUGUGCUUCCGGUCAUGGGCCGGCCCGUUCCUUUCCACAUCAACACCAUCAAGAACGCCAGUAAGAGUGACGAGGGAGAGUGGUCCUUCCUCCGCAUCAACUUCCUCUCUCCCGGCCAGGGCGUCGGGCGCAAGGACGAGCAGCCGUUUGAGGACGCGUCGGCCCACUUCGUCCGGAGCUUGACUUUCCGGUCGACCGAUGGCGAUCGGUACGCCGACAUUGCCAACCAGAUUUCCAAUCUCAAGCGCGAGGCGGUCAAGAAGGAGCAGGAGAAGAAGGACAUGGAGGACGUCGUGGAGCAGGACAAGCUAAUAGAAAUCCGAAACCGACGGCCUGCCGUCCUGGAUAACGUCUUCAUCCGGCCCGCCAUGGAAGGCAAGCGGGUGCCUGGCAAAGUCGAGAUCCACCAGAACGGUAUUCGGUACCAGUCCCCCCUGAGCACGACGCAGCGCGUCGACGUCCUGUUCUCCAACGUCCGCCACCUCUUCUUCCAGCCCUGCCAGAACGAGCUGAUCGUCAUCAUCCACCUCCACCUCAAGGACCCCAUCCUCUUCGGCAAGAAGAAAACCAAGGACGUCCAGUUCUACAGGGAGGCGACCGACAUCCAGUUCGACGAGACGGGCAACCGGAAGCGCAAGUACCGGUACGGCGACGAGGACGAGUUCGAGGCGGAACAGGAGGAGCGCCGGCGGCGGGCCGAGCUCGACCGUCUCUUUAGGAGCUUCGCCGAGAAGAUCGCCGAGGCCGGCCGCAACGAGGGCGUCGAGGUGGACAUGCCGAUGCGCGACCUGGGCUUCAACGGCGUGCCGAACCGCAGCAACGUGUACAUCCAGCCGACGACCGAGUGCCUGAUCCAGAUCACGGAGCCGCCCUUCCUGGUGAUCACGCUCGAGGACGUCGAGGUGGCCCACCUGGAGCGUGUGCAGUUCGGGCUCAAGAACUUCGACCUCGUCUUCGUCUUCAAGGACUUCUCGCGCCCGCCCUGCCACAUCAACACCAUCCCCGUCGAGUCGCUCGAGGACGUCAAGGCGUUCCUCGACUCGUCCGACAUCGCCUACUCGGAGGGCCCGCUCAACCUCAACUGGUCCGUCAUUAUGAAGACGGUCACGGCCAACCCGCACCAGUUCUUCGUCGACGGCGGCUGGGGGUUCCUGCAGAACGAGUCGGACAGCGAGGACGCGUCCGAGGAGGAGGAGGAGGAGAGCGCGUUCGAGAUCAGCGAGAGCGAGCUCGACGCGGCCUCCGAGUCCAGCGAGGAGGACUCGGACUACGACUCCAACGCGUCGGCCGAGGGCAGCGACGAGGCCGACGUGAGCGAGGAGGAAGAGGGCGAGGACUGGGACGAGCUCGAGCGCAAGGCCAAGAAGCGGGACCGCGAGAGCGGCCUCGACGACGAGGACCGCGGCGGCAAGAAGAAGCAGCGGAAGAGAUAAGAUGUGGGUGCACGCUAGCGGCUGGUGGGGUGAGGUCAGAGUGCUUGGUAGGAUUCGGCGGAAGGAGGCAGGGUGUCACGGAUGAGCAAUCUUCUUUUCCCCUUUUUUCCCGCUUUUGCAGGCUCUGUUUCCUCGUCUUGGGUUGCGGUCAUCGGGCUGUGAUUGUUGGGUCAUCAGGUUGUGUAUACAUAGGGAUGUAUCUCUCCGACUGGCCGAGUUAGUUUGUGCCCUGACAGUUCGGCUGGUUCAUUUAUCGGUAACAUGGCCCCAUGGUUUCGUUGAGU